CCUACAUGUUCACGCUUCGAGAAUCAGUUUGCGGAACGGACAUAAGGUGAAGAAGAAAAAAAGAAAGCAAUAUCAGCUAUACCUACUUCUUCAUGGCUUUUUCAUCGACUGCCCUUCAUAUACCUUUCAGAACCUUCAAAUAUCUGGAAAAGAUUUUUAUGUGAAAUCAAUGAUUUUUUUUCAGUCGUAUUUUUUCACACGAGUGUCAAAAAAGGAGAUGAAUAUUCAAUUGUUGAGUAUAAGAUCUAUCAUAGGGUUUGGUGUGGUGGUACUAGCGACUGUCAUGUAAAUUAUAAACAGAUGAUGUUUACUAUUACUGGAAAAUUUUAAUUUUAAAAAACUUUUGAUUGAAAAUUUUGUGAAAAUGGCACCUACAAAGAAAGUUAGAACGUACGUAAAUUCCAAUACUAGUUUAGUUAAUAACUCUAUAGAUGCUUUUAAUAUCUUAUUUGCGAAAAACAUGACAAAACGGCUAUUAGGAAGAAAGAAACAAAAAAUCAAAAUUCAAGAAUUGCCCACAAGAAGAAACUGCGAAUCGUUAUUAAAUGAUGACUCUUUACAGAUAAGUACAGAGGAUACAUUUGACAAAUUAUUAAAAACCAAAAAGACCCCGCCAAAACUUACUAUACUUGAAUCCUCAAAUUCAAAUUCUGUUAAUGAAAGUAAGGUUUUCCUCUCAUCACCAAAAACUAGAAGACAAAAAGCUAAUUUUAGUUUGACUAAUGAUUCUAACAGUCAACAGUCUCAGUUAAGCCGUCUAUGUCAACCUUCAACAGAAACUAAUGAUUCUAACAGUCAACAGUCUCAGUUAAGCCAUCUAUGUCAACCUUCAACAGAAACUAAUGAUUCUAACAGUCAACAGUCUCAGUUAAGCCGUCUAUAUCAACCUUCAACAGAAAGGAUCGAAGAAAGUCUAGAAAUUGAGAUUGUUAAGAAGAAACAACCGAAAACAUCGUUGAGUUACAUAACGAUACCAAAAAAUAAAAGUUUGAUGGAAAAUAGUAGUAAUUUUGCAGCAAAUAUGCAGAAGAAACUCAUACAUUGUAGUACUCCCAUAGCUGCAUCUAAGGCCCAAAUUCAAAAUUACACAAUAUCUCCAAUAAACGUUAAUUCUUUACUAAAGAAAUCUUUUGAGCAAAUUGACAGCUGGAACAACGAAUUUCCUGCACCUACUAGUACGAAUACACCUCUGAGAAGACUUGUUAUUGAUAAGAACCAUUCUAAGUAUGUGAAAUCUUCAAAGGUCUUGAAAGAAUAUUCUCCAACAGUAAAUCAUUCAAAAGAUUUUAAUUCGCCUGGUACAAGAACAAGUUUUAUAACGCUGAGACAUAGAAAAGUUAUAAAAUCUUACAGGAAAAGGCAUAAAAAUAUUUCUAGAAAAAAUAAAGUUAUAAGCUUUGAAUCUUCUCGGCAAUCAAUUGUGAAUUUUGUCACUAAAAGAAAAAACACAAAUGAAAAACAUUCAUCUCAUGCCUCGUUUAAAGAAUCAGAUAACAUUAACGAAGAAAAAAAUAAAGAAUUAUGUAUACAAAUGCGAAAUUUAUCAGUUAGUGAUGUGCGUAAUUCAGUAACGAACUUUGAAAAGUUCUAUUCACGUAAUUUAAGUUCCCAACUUAUGGAUAAUACAGAAGAUUUAUCUGAUGUUCAAGGUACUAGUAAAGUCAGAAGCCUUUUUGUUAGUCUGUCAAGGAAAAGCUUAGAUUGUGAAGAUUUCGAAGAAUUUUUUGUUAGUAAUAUAAACCAUCAAAUAAACUCCAAAAGUAGAUCAAAAGAGAACUUAAGACAUUUAGACAUAUCAAAAAAUAAAGUUGAAUACGUAAGCGAUGACAAUAACGUGAUAACCAAUCAUGUUGAAAUGCAAAAUGCUGGCUGUGAUCAAGAUGAGUCUGAAACGAAGAAUGACGUAGAGCAAAAAUGUUUAAGAGCUACUACAGUAAAACUACAAAAAAGGAAGUCUCAAGAGGAUACAUUUGAUGAUUUUCUUCGGAAAAAUAUGAAAGUUAUAGAAAAUAAUGAGUGUUCUUCUAAUUAUAGUGAAGAUGGUUCAUCAGAAAUUUCUUCUAAAUUUACAUACAACAAAUCUGAUAUUUCUUAUAAAAGAUCAUAUUAUUUAAGAUCAAAUAGUGAAGUACAACAAUGUGAGAUACAAAAUUGUUCAGAAGAAUACUUCUUUAAAACGUUAAAUUUAACAAACAACAAAAUUGGGUAUAAGAAAAAGAAGUGUAAGGAUUUAAGAAUUAAUUUGACAAAUUUACCAUUACUACAAUCCAAAGAAGAUGAAUUUGAAUCUUUCUUUGUACAAAAUUUGGGCCGGACUGGUAAAGAUGAGUAUGUUCACAAAGAAGAUCAAAAAGACUUAUCUCAAACGCCCAACCGAUUAAAGGUUGUUUUAAACAACAAUUUUGGACAUGAUUAUUUAGAAAACAAAGGUCUUGAGCAUAAUCGGAUAGUAGAUCUAAGAAUUAAUUUGAGAAAUUCACCCCUUGUGCAAUCUAAAGAAGAGGAGUUUGAAACAUUCUUUGCUAGCAAUUUAAGCCGUGAUAAUCAAGACCAUUAUGUUUCCGAAGAAAAUCAACAACAAGAAUUACCUGUGAUACAAAAAGAAUUAAGGGUUGUUUUAAAAAAUAUCUUUGGACAAAAUUAUCUAAAAGAUGUAGUUCUUGAUCAUAACCAGACAAAAGAUUUAAGAAUUUUGACGAACUCACCAUUGAUGGAAUCUAAGGAAGAGGACUUUGAAUCAUUCUAUGCUAGCAAUUUGGACCUUUCUAAUGAAGAACAAGUUCCCAAAGAGGAUCAAGACACGUUACCCCUAAAACAAAAACAGUUAAAGAUUAUUUUAACAAAUGUGAAUAAUGCAAUCAUUAACAAAUACACAGACGACAACAGAAUAUCCUCACCAAAUGGAGAUACUUCUAGCGAUGAAGAAUGCCAACAAAUUUCUCCUAAACAUGUCUUUUCAAACAAACAACUUGUAGUCAAACUUAUAGAAAAUGAUUACAGCCAUCUGAUGCCAAUUUCCAAUGUAAGUUUAGUCAGGGACAAACAAAAUUUGGAUAUUGUUGAAACUAAUCUUACAACUGAAGUUUACUCUGAAUUACAAGUUGAUAAAAUAUUUAUGAACGUAUCUAAUAAAGAACACUUCGAAACCUUUUACACGAAAAAUUAUGGUGAUAAAACAGAUCUUCUUAGUAAUUCUUCUUAUGAUUCUGACAUAAUAGAAAGUUCUAUAAUAGAUACUUUUGCUAUAGACACUAAAAGAACUAAAAAUCGUUUUACAAGAGAAAUCAGUUCAAGAACAAGAUCAUCCAAGUGCAGUAUUACUGAUAAUAUUAAAAGUAAACGUUCUUCCAAGAAAUCAGUAUUUGUACACGUAACUGCUGAAGAUGAGUUAAUAUCUGAUGAUGAAGAUGCUAGGUGCGAAACAAUUGGGCAAGCAGAUAAUACACUUCAACCAAACAGUAUUCAAAAAUCAAGAGCAAACAAUAGUUCACAAAAUAAUAGAAUCUUUAGUGUACAUAUAACAGCUGAAGAAUCAUUCACAUCUCCCACUGAUAACGGAGAAGAAGAAAUUAUAUUAAAUAAUGAAAGUAGAAACCUUAGAUCUUAUAAGAAGAGUACUAAUAACAUUUUAGAUUCUUCUGAACAUGAAAUUAAUAUAUCUGAUAGUAGUACAACUGAAAAGAGUUUGUAUAAAAAUAGCAGAAGUAAACGUAACACACUCAAGAGUAAAGAGAAUAUAAGCUUGAACAUUUCUGAAGAUUCAACAGCUAAAGAAGGAUCACCAAAUGUUAAAAAGAAAAGCAGUAAGUCAAGAACUCAAAGAAUAAAUGAAGAUGAAGAAAAAUCAUCAAGUUUAAGUGUUCAGGUUUCGUAUGCUUUGAAAGAUUGUGCAGAAAGUUCAAAUAUAUUGGUAGACAAUAGAAUUUCUGAUGUCCGAAUAAAGGAAACUGAUGCUAUAAGAAGUAACGAGACUCUUUCUGAAGUUGAGGGUUCAACGAAUCUGGAUGGUGAUUAUGUUUUAAGUGCCAAAAAUAGAUCUAGUAAACACAGGAAAUUGAGAUCUAAGAGAAAAAAUGAAGAGGAAAUUGAGCAUGUAAAAGUGCAUACCUCAAGAUCCAAAAAUAAUACUUUAGUAAGUGAAAGUCCAUCUAAGAUCAAUGAAGCAAACACAAAUAGUGCAUCAAAUGUUUCUCAAGAAAAGAAUCAAAGGUUGUCUGUGAUCUCAGAUCAUGUAGAUAGUUCAUAUGUAGAUCCAAAUCAUUUCAAGGUGCCAAAGAGUUUUAAAUCACCCAAGGCUGUAAUACUGAAAGCAGGAAAAAGUUGGAGAAGAUCUUUGUCCUUAUAUAAAAGAAGUACAUUGUUCUCAAAACCUGCCAAAGAUGACCCAUCAUCUCCAUUUACUACAAAAGCAGUCACCCCUGUCAAAUCUCCACGUUCAAACCCUUCAAGAUUAUCUGUAAGAUUUGUGGCUGUGAAACCAUUACCAGUAUUACAAGUAGAAAACAAUACGGUUUUAGAGGAUUAUGCAAUAAAUGCAAGUUAUGUACCAGAUCAAAUAUUCGAGGCCAGCUUGGAAGAUAGUUUUGGAUGUCUUUCGUUAACCCAAAAUCAACAAAGGAACAAUUCGAUAUCUAAAAAUCAACAAUUGGGAGUACCAGUCACAGCGAGAGAAAUUGUUUUGAGAAAAUGUGGUCAAACGGAGCCAAUUCAGUUUUCUCAAUGUUUUACCGACAGUAUCCUUCAGAACUGUCAAAAAAUUGGAGAAGGGGUUUACGGAGAGGUUUUCCUCUUAAGGAAUCCCGAUGGAGGAACAUCAGUGCUGAAAAUUAUUCCAGUGGAGGGCGACCAGAUCGUUAAUGGCGAAAGACAGAAAAAAUUUGAGGAAGUGUUAUCAGAAAUCAUAAUCACAAUAGAACUGAGUAAUCUCAGACAUAACAAGAGAAAUGGAAUAUCUUCAUUUACUGAAGUUCAGAAAAUACAGUGCGUUCAAGGAACGUAUCCAGAAAAACUGAUAGAUCUGUGGGACCUAUUCGACGAAACCAGAGGUUCUGAGAACGAUUGCCCAGACAUGUUUAAGGAAGAUCAGUUGUACAUCGUUUUUCAGAUGGCCUACGGAGGAAAAGAUUUGGAAUCUUUCGUUUUCAACAACGCAAUGCAAGCUUACUCCAUGUUUCAACAGGUUGCAUUAGGCUUAGCGAUAGCUGAAGAAGAGCUCCAAUUUGAACAUCGAGAUCUUCAUUGGGGAAACGUUUUGAUAUCUACUGUAGAAACCAAUAAAAUAGCAUCGUUUACACUGGAAAAUAAAACAUAUGACAUACCCACAAUUGGUGUUGAAGUUGCAAUAAUUGAUUACACCCUGUCCAGAAUUGAACAUGAUGGUGUUGUAAUUUUUAACGAUCUUGGAUUGGAUCCGGAUUUGUUUACUGCUGAAGGAGACUAUCAAUUCGAUAUCUACAGAUUGAUGCAAGAGAAAAACAGAAACAACUGGAAAGACUUUGAGCCAUUCUCCAAUCUCUUAUGGCUACAUUACAUUCUAGACAAGGCGAUUUUGGGUCUAAGGUACAAAGCCCCGAAAAGUAAACUCCACAAGGCUUACUUACGAAAACUCAAAAACGUAAAGGAUGACAUUUUGUCCUAUCACAACGUCAAAGAUUUUAUAGUUGCUAAUUUGUUAGACAUAUAAAUUAAAAGUUUGUAUUUUGUUAUAUAUUGUGUGUUUAUUUUUUUACAUACGUGCAUUAAUGUUUAGAUAAGGUAGCUGAAUGGAGAGUAAAAGUAAAAAAUCUUGAAUUUUGUUUUAUAUCAAGUAUGUAUAAAUAUCAAGUAUGUACAAAUUUUCCGAAAAUUUUUAGUGGAUUAAUUUUCGUCUGCUAGUUUAUGAUUGAAGAAAAAUCAAUGUAACUAGGUUCCAAAAAUUUAUUAAGUUCUGCUUUAUUGAAAAAUAGCGAUUACAAUAACAUAUCUGUAUAAAAAAAUAUGUAAAACUUUGCUUAUUUUAAAAUUACAAAAAUAAAUGAAUUAGAUGAGUAAACUUAGCCUUGAUAUUAUGGUCAAUUUUUUUUUAAUUGUUGGUUACCAAAAAUGUUUGAUUAUAUUAGUAUAUAGUGUAUAUUAUAGUCGGUUCUCUAAGCUCAGACACAACUGGCUAGUGAUUUUAGUAAGUAAUUUUGCCAAUUUGUUAAAAUUGGCAAAAAAAUAAUUACUAAAUAGUACUAGCCAGUUGGGUCUGAGUUUAGCGAACCGACUAUAUUAGUAUAUAGAUGAUCCGAUAUAAGGUUAUAAGGUCGAAUUGCAUGGAUCUGUUUAAUGAAUAAAAAAUGUUUGUUAUAUAGUUUAGUAUGCUAACAAUUAUUAUAAAAAAAGGGGUGCAUGAUAUAAUUUUGUUCUUACUAUAAUUGAAUAAUAAUUAAAAAAUAAUUUUCUUAUAAUUAAAAAAUUUUUUGGCCCGGGUAGAUAUUAUUUCAGAUUUUUUGGAUCAUUCUAAACAAAAAAGAACUUUUGUAAUUUUUCUCUUGAUCGUUUUUGAGUUAUAAACAAUUUAAAAAUAAAAAUAAAAACGAAAAAUGACGAUUUUCAAGGCUCAAAACACAAGUAAGAAUAUUAUUUUUGUAAUCAUCAAUACAAAUUCAAGUUCAAUUGUUAUGGGGAAGGUUCCUUAUGGGAAGACGGGCGAUGGGCUGCAUUAACAACUAAAAAACAAUGCUUUAAAAUGAAAUAAGUCCAAAAUACUUAUCAAUAACUUAAAGUAUAAGAUAAGGUAUGAACUUGAAUUUAGGUACUUCGUAAUUUCAAAAAUGAUAUUUUUUACUUAUGUUUUUGAACACUGAAAAUCGUCAUCAUCUUUCUUUCUUUUUUCAGUAUUAAAUUAUUGUUAACUCGAAAACGAUUAACUUAGAGAAAAAUUACAAAGACCUUUUUUGUUUAGAAUGAUCUAAAAAAUCCGAAGUAAUAUCUGCCAAAGUCGAAAAAUUUGUUUAAAAAAAUCAUUUUUUAAUUAUUAAUUAAUUAUAGUCAGAACCAAAUUAGAUCGGCCACCCCGUGUAUUUUAUAAUUGUAAACAUACUAAAUUGAAUAUCGCAAUAAUUUUUAUCCAUUAAGGUACUAGUACACUUUAGAAGACCAAAAAUAAUCAUUUCUUUCAAGAAUUUUUUUCUCAGAACCUUUAUUAGAAAUGAACAUAAAACUUUUUACGCAUUAAUAUCUAACUCUUAGAGAGUACAAAAAAUAUAUCUAUUUUCAUUUAUGCACGUACACUGAUAUUGUAGAGGGCGCAAAAGUCGAGGCCUCGAAUAAUGAUGGCGGACAGUUAAUCUCAGGAUUGGGAUAUCUGAAACAAAAUAAUCGUACUGCAUUUGAAAAAGGAAGGUUUCUUACGUGAUAAUUUACCACAAUUUGACCAAAAAAUAAAAAAUAAAUAUUUUUUAACCAUGAAAAACUGAAGAAAAACGGGUGAUAUUUUCACAAAAAUCCUUUAAAUUUCCAUAAAAUCUUUUUUUUGCGGAAUUUUUCACUAACGGUGGUAAAUUGUCACGUAAGAAACCUUCCUUUUUCAAAUGCUGUACGAUUUUUUUGUUUCAGAGAUCCCAAUCCUGAGAUUAACUAUCCGUCAUUGGAACUACUUUAGCGCACUCUGCAAUAUUAGUGAACCUGCAUAAAUGAAAAAAGAUAUAUUUUUUGUAUUCCCUAAGAUUAGCUAUUAACAUGUAAAAAGUUUUAUGUUCAUUUCUAAUAAAGGUUCUAAGAAAAAGAAUCUUGAAAAAAUGCUUAUUUUUGGUCUUCUAAAGUGUACUAGUACCUUAAACAGAUCGGUGCAGUUCGACCUUACAUAUUAUAUCAUAUCUCGACUAUUAAAAUUUUUUUCAAAUAUUGAAUAUUUUUGUGAAAAACCUAAAUAUUUUUACAAUCCACAAUAUCAAGAGGUAAUUUAAGAUUUGUCACUUUUUGCAUUCUUCAAAACCAGCUGCCUUAAUAUUGUACAAAACAAAGAAAUUAAAAAAUAUAAAUUGUUCUCUACAAUUCCUUUAUGUACAAAAUUUUCACAACUAAUUGUUUGUUUGUGUAAAGACAUGUUGCCAUAUUUUUUAAAAUCGAUUAGAAUAUUUUAGGUGCCUUAUUAUUGUGUAAUAUGACGCACAUUUUUUAUAGAUAUGUGUUGUGUAUGUAACUUAAAAUGUAGAAACUCACUUAUGAUUAAGGUAACUGCCAAAUAUUUUUUAUGCUGCUGUGUAGAUAUGUACAAAAGGUAUUGAUUUUUAUACUGCGAAUAAAAGCGUUCUAUGAUG